GUCCUCCUCUGCCCUCCUCUCUAGGGAUGGUUUGUGAGAAGGGGAUCCAGAUCCUCCUCACCACCGUGGGGGCCUUUGCAGCCUUCUGCCUGAUGACGGUUUCUAUAGGGACGGACUACUGGUUGUACUCCCGCGCCUCCAUCUGCAACAGCACCCGCAACCACUCAGACGACCCCCACAACAAGGACAAGAAGGACCCCGGAGCCCUCACCCACUCUGGCCUCUGGAGGAUCUGCUGCCUGGAAGGGGUGAAAAGGGGAGUGUGUUCUCAGAUCAACCACUUCCCUGAGGAUGCUGACUUUGACCAUGAUGGGCCAGAGUAUGUUCUACGUAUGGUCAGGGCUUCCAACAUCUUCCCUAUCCUCAGUGCUAUCCUGCUGUUGAUGGGAGGGGUGUGUAUCGGUCUCAGUCGCUUCUAUAAGCACAAGAGGAACAUCGUCCUGGGAGCAGGCAUUCUCUUUGUGGCUGCAGGUCUGAGCAACAUCAUUGGUGUGAUCGUGUACAUCUCUGCAGCGCUGGGAGACAUCUCCCCUAAGAAGGACGAGGACAAGAAGUGGCAGUACAGCUACGGCUGGUCCUUCUACUUCGGAGGCCUCUCCUUCAUCAUGGCUGAGAUGGUGGGCGUUCUGGCCGUCAACAUCUACAUCGAAAAGAACAAGGAGCUUCGCUGCCGCUCGCGCACUGACAUCUUCAAGGGGACCACGCACGCCAUGCUCCGCCUACCCAGCUACCGCUUCCGCCGUCGCUCCCGCUCCUCAUCCCGCUCUACUGACCCCUCACGCUCCCGAGACCCCUCGCCGGUGGGGGGAGGCGGGGGGAAGAACUUUGGCCUGCCCCCCUCGGCCAUGCUCUCCCAGGGGCCCAUGUCUGUGGCCACGCUGCCCAACCCUCACUCUCGCUCCCACACGACCCUGGCGGGGGGCGACAUCUCCCUCUACACUCUGUCCCGCGACCCCAAGCUGGCUGGCCUGCCCCCCAUGUACGGCACCGUGGACCGCGCCACCCUCUACCAGCUCCACAACUGCUUCCCCAAGGACGGGGGAGGAGGGGGGGGAGGGGGUGUGAUGAUGAGCGGCACACUGCCCUCUCUGAAGUCCCACAACCCCUCGCUGUCCCAGAAUUCCUCCAACUCCAACGCACCCAUGGGCAACUCGGUGGGCUCGGGGCCCCCACCCUUCUCCUCGUCCACGGUGGAGAGAGAACGAGGGAUGGGAACGCUGGACAGGCUAAAGGGAGAUAGAGAGAGCAACUCCAAUACGCUCAACAGGAAGACAACACCCGUGUAGAGAGGAGGGGGGGAGAGGGAGGGAAUGCUGGACAGGCUAAAGGGAGAUAGAGAGAGCAACUCCAAUACGCUCAACAGGAAGACAACACCCGUGUAGAGAGGAGGGGGGGAGAGGGAGGGAACGCUGGACAGGCUAAAGGGAGAUAGAGAGAGCAACUCCAAUACGCUCAACAGGAAGACAACACCCGUGUAGAGAGGGGGGGGGGAACGCUGGACAGGCUAAAGGGAGAUAGAGAGAGCAACUCCAAUACGCUCAACAGGAAGACAACACCCGUGUAGAGAGGGGGGGGGGGGGAACGCUGGACAGGCUAAAGGGAGAUAGAGAGAGCAACUCCAAUACGCUCAACAGGAAGACAACACCCGUGUAGAGGGGGAGGAGGGGGGGGGGGAACAGGGAAGGAAGAGAGAGAGAGAGAUAUAGAGGAGGGGAUUGGGAUAAAGGAGUAUUAAAUGGGAUUGGGAUAAAGGAGUAUUAAAUGGUAUUGAGAUAAAGGAAUGGAGAGGAGAGAGAGAAUCUUUUUCACUGUUAUAAUUAGUCUACAGUAUCUCACUGAGAAACAAAAGGAAACAAGUAAUAACAGAACGUGAUAAUUACAACAAUAAUGAACUUUCACAACAAAACUAUUUUACUAUUCCAACGCACUAGAAAUAAUUUAUUUUGUUAAUCCAACGCGAUGAACCUUGGGCUACUAUUUUAAACAAUCCACUUUCUUUAGUGCAAUACUAACUCUGAUUUAACAAGAUCAUAUUUGACGUCAAUUGUUGUUGUGAUUAUUAUUAGCGUUAUUACGAGCUAGCUCUGUUUGCAAUGCUAUCGUUUUAGAAUGAUGAUAUGAUUUGUAUCAUUUUCACUCUGAUUUUGGAUCCUGACGACGUUUACUGUGAAUUUCUUAAACACAGACACGCUGGUAUGAUCAGUGGGCUGUGUAACUGUGUCAUUGGUGUCAAGCAUGAGUGUCUACAACGUAUGAGAAGACGAGUGUGUAUUAUGAUUUAUAUGAUUUAAUUAUUAUCUAAUAAUAAUAAUGAUAUAUAAUAUAUAAUGUAUUAUUAUUACUAUUACUAUUAUUACAACUUGUUCUUUGGUGGAGUUCAGUUAAUUUAUUUUUACCUCUAUUUGGAUUUUCUACCCCUUGGUUCUAACACACAGUUAAGUUGUGUGAAUACUGUACAUUGUCUUCCAAUAUUGUAACUGAAGGCUACAAUAAGUGAGUGACUGAGGCAACUGAGCAACUUCAGUGUUAUUCUGAGUCUGUUUUCUAUGGGCCUAUGUUAGUCUGAGUUCCAUUCUAAUCAAUGUUAGCAGUAGUCGUAGCUGUAGUCGUGUUGAAGAUGUUUGUUUUCUGGGCAUUAACAGAAACCUCUGUCUUGAGGAGAGAAGAAGAGAAACUGAUAUAUUUGUACAGAGAAAACAGGUGAAACUUGUCACCUGGAGAAAAGAAGAGAAACAUUUAUUCAUUAUUUUCUACAAGCAAGAGACCCAAAAUGAUUCUUUAGAACAGUCACAACAGACAUGCUAUCCAUCCAUUAUUAAAAUGAAAUUGACAAUGAAAAAUGUCAAUGAAAUAAAUGUGGGGACGGAGGUGGGGGGCUAAAAUACACUAUAGAGAACUUUUGAAAUGAAACAUGUACAUUGUAAUUAACGCAUACCUAUAUUUGCAAACUCUAUAAAUACUUUCUUUAGGACCUCUGGUAUGAAAACAGGGUGUGUAUUUUGGGAAGGGGAGGGUGAUGUGUUUUUGAUCCUCUGUAUGGGUACAGGCUACCCCCCAGUUCUCAUGGGGUGCGCUGCCUCUCCCCACCCCACCCUGCCCUGCCCUGCCCUGCCCUGCCCCACCCUAGCUUGGCCCCGCCCUGCCCGUUUUGGGCAUGUCUUCUCCUCUGUCACAUGACCCAUGACAGAAUCACUAUGGAGAUGAACAUCCAAACCCCACCCCCAAAGAAAAAACUCUCACUGUGCUUCCCACGUGACCCUUGAACCUUGAACUUUGACCCCUUCUGUUUAUGUUGAUGAGAAUGUAUACACGUGUAAACACUCUCCUGCACCUCAUUUAUUGUCUGGAGUGAUGGCAGAACUGGGAUGGACACUAUUGGACACCACGCUACAUUACAGACUGGGGAAAGGAAAUGAAACCACCUGACGCUUCCACAUUCUUUUGGAUUUUAGUUUCUUCUUUUUAUUUCAUUUGAGAGAAAAAAUAAUAAUGUGACAAAACUGCACACAGAUAGCAUUUAUGUGGGCAAUAUGAAUACUAUGUAGUUGAGAAUAGAUAUAUCUAGACAAAAUGAUUAUGGUUUAUCUAAAUGUGUGAUAAACUCAAACACUGUAUUGCACGAAAGUUUAUAAAAAAAACAAUAACAGACCGAUUUACAGACUGAUGAUUUUUUUCUUUAAAGGAGUGACAGCAUGAGAUGAUCAAGGGAUGGAGAGAGAGAGAGAUGGAGGGAAUGACAGAGAGAGAAAGAAUAGAAAAAGUGAGAGUUGGCGGGAAUGACAGACAGAGAGAGAGAGACUUGACACAACUUUAGACCAAAGGUAUGAAAACAUUUAUUUGCACUAUCCUGUUAAUGAAUGUGACCACAAGAUUUUUUUUAUUUACAUUAUUUAACCAGGAAUUUGUAUUAUUAUUAUUUUUUAUUUAACCUUUAUUUAACUAGGCAAGCCAGUUAAAGAACACAUUCUCAUUUACAAUGACAGCCUACACCGGUCAAACCCGGACGACGCUGGGCCAAUUGUGCGCCGCCCUAUGGGAAUCCGAAUCACGGCGGGAUGUGAUCCAGCCUGGAAAGAGGUGGUGAUACUACAUUUGUCAGCCAAAAUCUCAAAAUUUUCACACUCUGAGGUGUGAGGUGUACACUCUGAGGUGUGAGGUGUACACUCUGAGGUGUGAGGUGUACACUCUGAGGUGUGAGGUGUACACUCUGAGGUGUACACCUGGUACAAGCCAGAAGUGCUUCUAUUGCUCUCGUCAAAGAGGCUGUGCAGAACCAUUAAACAGCUAUAUAUAC